AUGGCUUGUGUUUUCCCGUCUGGACAGGCCAUCGUGGUUGGCGGUGGCCUGGGUGGUAUGUCGGCGGCCAACACGGUGCUGGAGAACAAUGGCAAGGUCGUGCUGCUCGACAAGUCCUCCUUCUGCGGGGGCAACUCCACCAAGGCCACCAGCGGCAUCAAUGGCGCGGAGACGAAGACUCAGAAGGACAAGGGUAUCAAUGACACCAUCACUCUGUUCACAAACGACACCCUCAAGGGUGGCGCCAAGAAGCCCGAGCUGGUCAAGGUCCUGUGCGGCAACAGCGGGGCCGAUGUCGACUGGCUGGUGGAGAAAUUCAACCUCGACCUGUCCCUGGUCGCCCGCCUAGGCGGCCACUCUGCGCCGCGAACCCACCGAGGAGCAGAGCGCUUCCCGGGGAUGACCAUCACCUACGCCCUGAUCCAGAUGGUCGAGAAGGUCGCCGAGAAAACGGAUAAGGCGCGCAUCAUCACCAAGGCCAGGGUCACCAAGCUGCUCACAAGCGGCAGUUCCUGCGUGGGCUGCAGCUACGAGAAGGGAGGCCAGGUUUUCUCCGAGAUGGGGCCGGUCAUCCUCGCCACCGGCGGCUUCGGUGCGGACUUCACCAGCAACUCCCUCCUGGCUCAGUACCGCCCCGACCUGAUGCACCUGCCGACCACCAACGGCGAGCACUGCACCGGCGACGGCAUCAAGAUGGGCGAGGCGAUCGGGGCCAAGUCUAUCGAUCUUGAGUGGGUGCAGGUGCACCCCACUGGCCUGGUGAAGCCCGACGACCCCGACGCCAAGAUCAAGUUCCUGGCUGCCGAGGCGCUCCGUGGCGUCGGCGGUCUGGUGCUGGAUGCGAACGGCAAGCGCUUCGCGAACGAGCUGGGACGCCGCGACUACGUCACAGGCGAGAUGUGGAAGAACAAGCCGCCCUUCCGGCUCUGCUUGAACAAGGCUGCGUCCGCUGAGAUCGCGUGGCACUGCAAGCAUUACACCGGCCGCGGCGUCAUGAAGUUUUACGAGACUGGCGAGGCGCUCGCCAAGGACAUGGGCGUUCCCGUUUCCGUGCUGGAGCAGACUCACAAGGAGCAUUUCGAGGCCGCUAAGAAGACCGAGAAGGACCCGGACGGCGGCUCAUUCCCGGCCUACCCCAGCGGUAAGUCUUGGGACGAGGCCAGCGGUAAGACUGGUUCGGGCAAGAAGUUCUACCACAACGUGAUCGACGGCCCCGCGGUGAAGAGCGAGCCCUUCUACGUGGCCAUCAUCACGCCAGUGAUACACUACUGCAUGGGCGGCCUCGAGAUCGACACGGACUCCGCCUGCGUCGGCGCCAACGGCAAGGCAAUCCCGGGGCUCUACGCGGCCGGCGAGGUCGCCGGCGGCGUGCACGGCAACAAUCGCUUGGGGGGCAAUUCGUUGCUGGACUGCGUGGUGUUCGGCCGCGUGGCGGGCCUCGCCGCGACCAAGUACAUGUUGGGCGCGGACUGCAAGCACGUGAGCCUCAAGGACCUCUCUGGCGGAGGCCUCACCGGCGAGGUGACGGCGUCCAAGAACGCGGGCGGCUCGUACGAGGAUGGCAUGAACAAGGGCGCGGAGGGCGGAAAGGCAAAGGGCGGCGCCGCGCCCGCCGGCAAGGGCGGCGUCAAGGGCUACUCCAUGGAGGAGGUGGCCAAGCACACCAGCAAGACUGACUGCUGGGUGGUCGUGGCUGGCGAGGUGCUCGACGUGACCUCGUUCCUGAGCCAGCACCCUGGAGGCGAGCUGGCCAUCCUCACGUUCGCCGGGAAGGACGCCACCGAGGAGUUCAACAUGAUCCAUCCUCCUGACGUGAUCCCGAAGUACGCCCCCGACGCCGCCAUCGGCGUGCUCGGCGCAGGGGGAUGGCAUGAACAAGGGCGCGGAGGGCGGAAAGGCAAAGGGCGGCGCCGCGCCCGCCGGCAAGGGCGGCGUCGAGGGCUACUCCAUGGAGGAGGUGGCCAAGCACACAAGCAAGACCGACUGCUGGGCGGUCGUGGCCGGCGAGGUGCUCGACGCGACCUCGUUCCUGAGCCGGCGCCCCGGAGGCGAGCUGGCCAUCCUCACGUUCGCCGGGGAGGGCGCCACCGAGGAGCUCAACAUGAUCCACCCUGCGGACGUGAUCCCGAAGUACGCCCCCGACGCCGCCAUCGGCGUGCUCGGCGCAGGGGGCGGCGCGGCCCCGGCGGCGGCGGCCGGCGCCGCGGCGGCGACGGCGGCCGCGGCGGGCAACCAUGGCUCCCCUCACCAUGGCGGAAGUAG